CGUGCCGUAGAAGCAAAAGCUGAAUCAGUGUGGAUGUGGACAUUCGCGCGAGAACACGCUUCCGGCUGAUGUAUACCAAGGCGAAGGAUUCGCCGUUGUGGUGUGUUGUCGCAUUACGUAAAUUAAGGUGGAGUUCGCGACAUAGUGAUUGAUGGUAAAAGUGAGAAGAAUUGCCGACUAAAAGGACCAACCAUACAUAAUUUCUGCUAUUUGAACAAAAUGGUGGGCCCACCACCCACUGAGCUGCCUGAUUGAUGGGUGACUCGUAAGAAAGCAUCGUCUUCGGGAAAAGUGUGACAAUGGUGUAUGAUGUGGUUUAAGAAAAGGAUCGUGUGAUUGAGGAACAAAUAAUGUGAUUUAUGAUCUAGCUGUGCCAAGGCAAGUAGCUCACCGAGCCCCCAAAGUGUCCGUGUCGUUUUGGGCUCUCUGGAUGGAACAUUGACUACACCGUAGGUUGAUUGAGGGAUUUUGGCACAAAUUAAUUCAAUUAAGCAUCCAUUUCCAGUGGUGAUAAUUUUGAAUGGUUGGGAUCCGCUCCAAAUUCAUUUGGAUCCUCUCCACCCCAUACAAAUGACACCAGAUAUCGUGUGAGAGCGAACACCAUAACUUUUUCUUCUAAAGUGAUUUCUAUAGCUUGACUUUCUGUGCUAUAUUAUAUAGAAUAUAAUAUACAAUAUUUUAUACAGAAGGAUUCUCAAGAUAACUCACAAGAAGGUCGCGUAGCAGGAGACACACUCUGGUGAAAGUUCAUUGAGUGGGUGAGAGUACUGUGAAAGACAUAGCUUUUAUCGCAUGCAAUUAAGAGGGUGAUAAAGUGCACAGGGAGUGAUUCAGAUGUUUAGUGGCGGGAAAGCAUCCCAAAGUGUUGUGCUGGUGUCACAGUGGCACGACGUGACUGGGCAAGUGCAGGUAUAGAAGGUGAUGUGGUUUGGGGGUGAGACAUAGAGGAAAUUGUGGUGGUAAUGGUAAAAAAUUCCUGAGAAAUGAUAGAGAGUCAGAGACGUAAGCGGCUUCAUGUGCUGAGAGCAGUUAAAUAGCAAAAUGCAUCGUCUCCAUAUUCUCAAUUUCCUGCAUUUGCUGAUCACAAUAGCGACCAUGAUGAUGCAGAGUAGCGUGGCAAGCCAUCAAGACGAUACCCAGAUUCACAGUCAUGAAGAUAGCAGCCAAAUGACACGAAGUAAACAGGAAGAAGUGGAGGUACAGCAGCUCAAUUUACCAGACAACACCUCGACGAUCGAUUGGUUGUCGACGGCGGUCCCAGAGACGCCUCCGUCAACAUCUAUCGUGGUUCAUGUGACCACCGAGGUGCCUACGGAGCCACCAAAGGUGACGACGACGAGAGAAAUUUUUACGACAAAACCUCCACAGAAACUCCGUACAAUACCGCCCCAUCAUCGUCAUCAUCCCGUGACGAAUUCCAGCAGUACGGGGAAUUCCUCAGCGAGCAGGAGUCCUCUUGGGCCACCCUUCAGGCCCGACCAUCCCAUUAACAAUUUCAUCUUCGACACACAUUCAUCCGCCUCCGGGAAGCACCAUCAUCAUAGCGAUAGGUACGGACCCCACUUCGAGGACAUAAAAACUGUGGGAAAUGUCACCAACAUCACCGUGCAGAUCGGCAGCAGUGUGUAUCUAAAUUGCAGAAUCAGCCUCCUCCAAGACAAAACGGUGUCGUGGGUGAGGCGACGUCUGGAGGUGGGUGAAGAUGGGAUGGAGUUGCUCACCGUUGGACAUCACACAUACAGCGGUGACCCUCGUUAUACGGUCGAUUUUCAGUAUCCCAGCAAUUGGCGCCUGAAAAUCUCGCCAACACAGAAAAUUGAUGAGGGAACGUACGAAUGUCAGAUUUCCACCCACCCGCCAAGAGUCAUACAAGUGAAUUUGCAUAUUAAUGCUCCUGAAGUGAUGAUCAUCGACGAAAUGGGAGCACCACUUCAAGAUAAAUACUACGAGGUUGACUCGACAAUACAACUCUCGUGUAUUGUGCGCGCCAUGAGGAUGCCAUCCAGCUUUCACUCCGUCUUCUGGACCCAUGGGGAUCGCAUCCUGAAUUACGACGUCACGAGAGGAGGAAUAAGUGUAAAGACUGAUUUAAUGGAAGGAGGCGCAAACUCCACCCUUUUUGUGGCCAGAGUAAAUAAAUCAGACUCUGGCAACUACACCUGUUCGAUAAGCUCAGCUCAGUUCUACACGGUGACAGUUCAUGUUCUAAAUGGAGAAAGCUACGCGGAAUUGCAUCACGGUACCGCCACAAUUUCAUUCCCACAGUGGAAAUUUAUCGGGUUUGUGUGCUUCGUUAUUUGUCUCCUGACAUCUUUUUACCCCUGGGGAGAUGACAUCCCACAUGUGCUUUUCAAGUCCCGGAUCAACAGAUGAGGCGACGCCACCUCCCAAAAGUACUUCAUCAAUUUAUAACUUACCCACACCCAGGGCAAUUAAACUCUUGCAGCUAAUAUUCUAAUUGAUUCAUUGUGAGAUUUUGAUUAAGAACAAUGUAAAAAAAAACAAAACGUACUACCCCCCAAAAAACGAAAGGAUUCCUUACAAAUCCAGGAAACCUUUGUCACCCAAAUAUCGAUUCCUUACGAAGUGGAAUAUUUGCAAAAUUAUCACAUUUAUACUAUAUAUCUUCUUAUCUCUAAAAAAAAAAAGCUCGAAAUGAAUUUUUUGGAUGGUCCAAAUGGCGAAGCUACGCGAAAAUCAUUAAUGUGAUGGUGAUACUUAAAAAUUUUCUUUAAAACAAAAAAAAACAAUUUACAUUCAAAAUUUACAUUUUGCUGAAAUUUGUGGGUGAGAAUUUUCCCAAGAAAAAAAACGGCCAGCAAGAAAAUGUUUUGUGAAACGUUAAUGGAUUUGUGAAUGAUGGAAAAAGGAAUUUUCAAAGUUACUAAAUUUAACCCAGAGAUCUAUUUUAGUGAGUAAAAACAAAUAAUUAAAAUUAACACAAAAUAACAAUUAUAUACUAAUAGAUAAGAUAUGGUGAAAGAAUUGAUUAAAAAAUAGUAUUGAUUAAUCCAAGACAAAUGCACACACAUUUAAGCGUUAAAGAAAGUAAUUUAAUUAAAAGGAAAAUUGUACAUAAGAGAGACGAUAUCUUAGACAAGAUUUAUUAAUUUAUAGUGAAAAAAGUUUAAUGGACAGAGAAAUAUAUAUAUACGAAAAGAGAUUACGAUAUUACCUUUAAAAUAGUUAUUUACUAAUGAAAAGGAAAAAAAAUAAAAUUAUACUUUACUGUACAUAAAAAAAACGAAAAAAUUGAGGGAAAACACAACAACUUAUAAAUUUGGUGAGAAGUAGGAUAUUAUAUAAACAAUAAAAAAUGAUGACAGGAAUUUCACAAGGAAA